GAUUAGCAACCGAUCUCUUCCAAGGCAACAAAUCAAUGGGCGAGACGAUUGAGGAUUUGGCACGCGAUGUCUCGGCGGUGCUUCUGCAGGCCAACGGUGAGCAAGAAGGGGCCGCCAUGGACAUGCAGAUAUGUAUGCUGCGCGAGCGGGUGCGCGAGCAGAUGGACGAACUAGUGCAGAGUUUGAUCUCGGCAGACAGGGAACAAGAGAAGCGGCAGGCGAUCCCCAAGUUGCAGUCCAUCGCCGAUACUAUCGGGCGGCUCUGUGUAGCCCACGGCCAACCGCCGGCCAUCGAGGAGUUGGAUGACGAGAAGGUCGAGGUGACGGACAGCGGCAACCAGCUGAAGGAGAAGGAGGAGAAAGAGGAAGAUGAUGAGACGGACAUGAGCGGCGGGGAAGGCGGAGUCGCGGAAGAAUCGGCGGUGGGCGGAGACAAUGCAGCCGCCGAGACCAACGCGUCCACGGAGACCAACCGGGCAUGCGACGAAGUCGACUACGCCGAGUACGAGGAGGAGGCAUUCGCUCGCUUCCGCAGGGGCUGGGAGCAUCUCUACGGCAACACCAAAAACAGCUUCGAAGACCUGACCUUGUUCAGUCCCAUGCUCUUUACACACUCCACGCCGGGCUUCAAGCCAAUGGACGCCGUCCUCGUGAGCACCGUGCGUGCAGAUCUGCUCCAUCAAAAUCACCGACUUGAAACACUUCGAGUGGCCGCUGCAAGUGUACGGCGUGGUUGCUGCCCGAGAUGCCGUGGAUGAGCGCCGCAACCCCAUCUUCCUCCAUUCAAGGGAUGACUGCCAAAUCUUGAGUGAAGAGGAUCCUUUUCUAUACUUGACCGGCCCGGUUCGUGCAAUUAUGUCGGAGGAGCCCGUUGACAUCGAAAUCCAACUCAAUGUAAGGGGCACAACGCCGUCUGAAGAUAGAGCGUUGGUCAGCUAUGUCUAUUAUUAUGAUGGUG